AUGGGGGCGGGGUUUGGAUUCCGAGUGUGGGCGGAAGUUGCCGAGGAGCGCCGGAAGUUGCCGAGCUACAGCCUCUGCGUUCGCGGCGGGCCACGACUUCUGGAGGAGCUGGAUGAUACCCCGGGCGGGGAGCCCGCGGAGCCCGCGGAGCUGGAGCCCGACCCUGCGAAGGCGCCGUCAGAACCCGCGAGGGAUGCCGCUGCCGCGGAGACGGCUCUCGGAGACGCCCCGGGGGCCUGCCCGCCCGCUGUGCCCGCCCGGAUCCCCACGCUGGCCAGCCUGAGCCGCGGCAGAGUCUCGCCGCUCGUACGCUUCCAGCUGCCCAACGUGCUGUUCGCCUAUGCGCACACCCUUGUCCUGUAUCAUGGCGGCGACGAUGCGCUGCUCACCGACUUCUGUGCCACGCUGCUCGGCGUUUCGGGAGCCCUGGGUGCCCAGCAGGCCUUUGCCUCUGCCGAAGAAGCCCUGGAGGCCGCCGCUCACGUGCUUGAAGCGGGCGAGCAUCCCCCGGGGCCCCUGGGCACACGGGGUGCCAUGCGCGAGGCCGCCCGCAUCCUGCUGGGCGAGGGCCCUGCCAACCAGAAGGGCUACACGCUGGCAGCCCUGGGGCACUUGGUGCAGACUCUGGGCCGGGCCCGGAAACGGGCCGAGGCUACUGAGGUGCGAGAUCGCCUCUACCGGGCCCGAAAGAAGUGCCAGUUCCUGAUGGCUUGGACCAACGAGAAUGAGGUGGCCCUCCCAGCCCUGGCUCUGGACUGUGCCAGGGCCCACCGAGCUCACGCUGUAGCGGCGGAAGAGGUGGCAGCCCUCACUGGGGAGCUGGAGCGGCUUUGGGGAGGUCCCCUGCCACCUGCCCCGAGGACACUCAUUGAGGAACUCCCUGGCUGAACUGUGGGCUCCUUGUCAUCAAUAAACCUGUGAAUGGUCUGA